UGCACACACGUCAACGUAAAACGUCAUGGUCACAACAAGGAAGUGAAUGCCCAUGGUGUCUGAAAUUAUUGUACUAAUCUCCUUAGAAAGAAGGACGGUUGGUUUCGUAGUGCGACGCAUUUAAAGAUUACGUUGAUCUUGUUUCGCACAACAAGUCUGUCGUGUUCUCCGGACAUCUACGAAAGAUACAAUGGAAUCUAAAUCCGGAGAAUGGGCUGUAGUUACUUAACGUUAGAUAGUUCUGAUCUCCUAUUCAUUUAUUAACGAACCAGCGUCCCUCGUCUUUGUGGGCAGAUUCCAGUGACGUUACAUAAGUUACAGAUUCAGCUCGGUGCUAAGGAAAAUGAGGAUGAUGACCUUCCUCCUGGUUGGACUGUUAGUCCAUGUGGUCUUCUUCCUCUCUAUAUUUGACAUCUACUUCACCUCUCCCCUGGUCCACGGCAUGACACCCCAGGCCACGCCCAUGGCACCCCCUGCGUCCAGGCUGGUGUUAGUGGUGGCCGAUGGUCUCCGAGCAGACAGUCUCUUCACACUCCUCCCGAAUGGCUCGUCCAGGGCCCCGUACUUGAGGAGUGUGAUUGAGGAGAAGGGUACCUGGGGUGUGUCGCACACACGCGUGCCCACUGAGUCCCGUCCCGGUCAUGUUGCUCUUAUCGCUGGCUUCUAUGAGGAUGUUAGUGCUAUUGCUAAAGGGUGGAAGGAGAAUCCUGUAGAGUUUGACUCUGUGUUUAAUGAGACCCGUAACACCUGGUGCUGGGGCAGCCCUGAUAUUCUGCCAAUGUUUGCUAAAGGUGCCAGUGGAGACCAUGUGUAUACUCACACAUACCCAGCAGAGGAGGAGGACUUUGCCUCCACAGAUGCCUCCAGGCUGGACACCUGGGUGUUCACGCAAGUCAAAUCAUUCUUUCAGUCAGCAAAGUCUAACUCCAGCCUGAGGGCCAAUCUGCUGGAGGAUGAGAACGUCUUCUUCCUGCAUCUGCUGGGCAUAGACACAAAUGGACAUGCUCACCGACCAAUGUCACAGGAGUACCUCAACAAUAUUGGCCUCGUAGACACGGGUGUCGCUGAACUGGUGUCUAUGGUUGAAGACUUCUUCGGUCAUGAUGGAAGAACGGCGUAUGUGUUCACCUCUGAUCAUGGCAUGACAAACUGGGGUUCACACGGUGCAGGUCAUCCCUCUGAGACACUCACCCCUUUAGUGGCGUGGGGAGCCGGAGUUAACUAUGCCCACAAAGUCACUGAAGUCCAACCAUACAAGGAUGGCUUCCUACAAGAUUGGAAACUGGAGCAUCUUCGUAGAGUUGACGUCAAUCAGGCAGACAUCGCUCCCCUCAUGGCUUCUCUCAUUGGUAUCCCGUUUCCUGUUAACUCAGUUGGUGUGUUACCUCUUCUCUACCUUAACAACAGUGACCACUUCAAGGCGGAAAGCAUCUACACUAAUGCUAUUCAAGUACUAGAGCAGUACAAGAUAAAAAUGAGCCAGAAAAAGGAGACAACUUUGUCAUUUCUCUUCACCCCAUAUCAACUUCUCACUGACUCAAAACAAUCCGAAUUCAUCCACAAGGCUAGAAUACUGAUGCAGCUGGAGAAGUAUGAAGAUGCUAUUUCGCUGUGCCGGUCUCUGAUAGCCCACGCUCUGGAGGGCCUCCUCUACUACCACACUUAUGAUAGGUUCUUCCUGGGUUGCAGUGUUGUGCUGGGGUUUGUAGGCUGGACCUCGUAUGUAGUCCUAGUCAUACUGAAGACUCAUGCCAACCUCAACAGACGCCCCGGUCUCCUCAAACAGAUUCCCAGCCAUGCCUUGGCGAGGCUGUGCGUGUGUGUGACGGUGGUGAUCACUGGGUUCCUGCUUAUCCAAAGGAGCCCCGUUACCUACUACGUUUACUGCCUGCUGCCGGUCCCUUUAUGGUACUCUGUCCUCAAAGAGUCUGGAACUCUGACAGAUUUAAUUCGCUCGGCCCCAUCUCUGCCGCUGUGGAAAUGUUUUGGCUAUUUUGUGCUGGUGUCGUUUGGGAUCGAGCUACUGGUGGUGAGUUUCUUCCAUCGCGCCAUGCUCACUGUGGGCCUGGUUGUCCUCUCCGUCUGGCCCUUCCUGUCGGGACUUUUUGACAAGGCCAAGUUUCGUUCGUUGAGCUGGUGUGUGGGCUGUCUGUGUUUGGCUGCUUUCCCCCUGAUGCCCGUUGUGGGCAGAGAGCCUAAUAUACAUCUGGUUACCUGUGCAGGUCUACUCACUCUCUUCACUUCAGCCUGUUACCUUUGGUCAUCAAGACGGAGAACAACACUACACCUGAGUGACAGACAACAGUUUUUCACCCAGAUGCUCCUUGUGGCAGUGUGUGCGUACGUUCCAUCCCUCACACACUCCAGCCUGCAGCAGAAACAGGGCCUGCCACUUUUUAACCAGAUCAUCAGCUGGACCACAUUAGCAUCUUCUAUGCUCGUUCCAUUGUUGAGCUCAACGCGUCUCUUCCACCGACUCCUCAGCAUAUUCCUCUCUCUCACAGCCACAUACCUACUGCUCAGCACCGGGUCAGAGGCAUUGUUCCCUCCCGUGUUAUCUUGGUUGAUGUUUGUGUGGAUCAACAUUGAACAGGAAGCUAUGCUUGCUCAGGGUGUCUCUGGCAGACAAGAGCUCGCCACAAUCGAUUUCUCCGCAAACAUUGACAUCACCAAGAUCCGACAACUGAAGUUGGAUGACAUCAGGAGAUCAUAUUUUUUUGUAUUUUUUAUAAUAACAGCUUUCUUUGGGACAGGGAAUAUAGCUUCCAUUAACAGUUUUGACCCAGCGUCUGUUUAUUGUUUCCUCACCAUCUUCAACCCCUUCAUCAUGGGAGGGCUGAUGAUGUGGAAGGUUAUCAUUCCAUUCAUAAUAGUAAUGUGCACAUUUGAGACCAUCCAAGUUGCAACACAGCUCUCAUCAAGAAGUUUGUUCCUCAUUGUCCUGGUCAUCUCCGACUUGAUGGCUCUGCACUUUUUUUUCCUAGUGCAGGACUACGGCAGCUGGUUGGAUAUUGGAACAAGCAUUAGUCAUUAUGUGAUCGUGAUGUCGAUGACAAUCUUCCUGAUGUUGCUCAGUGUGGUCACACACAUUCUCACCUCACAAAGACUCUUUCUGUGGAGACCCAAGAUGCACUUCCCCUAAAUAGGUGUGUGUGUGUGUGUGUAUGUGUGUGUGUGUGUGUGUGUGUGUGUGUGUGUGUGUGUGUGUGUGUGUGUGCACAUUCUAGUUAAACCAAAUGUGUACUACUCAUUUUAUGUUUAUAUUUGUAUAGAUAUUUUUUUAUGUAGUAUUUGCCUAUUAAGCCAGGGUUUGUUUGUAUAAUUACUUCAGGUUUACAUUCUUAGAGGAAAUGCUGAGUUCUUCUUUUCAACCGUUAUUGUCUUCCUUGUAUUAAUAUAGAAUAAACACUUGUGGUCUCAGACUUUUGCACACCACUGUUUGCACUGACACUCAUUCCCUGUUCCACCUUCAUUGUUUUUACAUUAAUGAUUGAUGAAUUGACCACUUGAAUAUGUAACUCUGCAUCAUACCUUUGCCAAGGGGGCUGAUUUAUGACCCACUAAAGAAAGGUAACUUGAUAACUCUAUUAACAGUAUUUCCAGAUAAGCUGCCUAAAACAUAUCCUUGUUGAGAAGGAAUAGGGAGUGAUUUUAAUGUAUUGUGACUACUGUAUUUGUGUACAGUUGUCAAACUGAGGAAGUGGAAUGGAAAACUGGAAUUUUCAUAAAGUGACCUGUGUGUUGUAUUUACUGCAACCAUUAACAGGAUUAAACUGUGUGUCAGUAUAGUGUAUGUGCUCUUUAUUUGUACAUCUAGGCUGGGCUUAGAGGGGGGAAAGUAGAAUGUAAAACUGUCUUGUAAUGUUCUUAAACAACUGCAGACCAGAUGCACUCCUAUAGCCCCCAGUAGAGCUUGAGAAGCCAGUGGCCAGCAAUGGGACUGUGGUUGCAUUUGAAAACUUGUAAAUAACUGUAUUUUAAAUAAGAACAUUGGUAUGUGGUGCAAAAUGUAGGGUGUUUUUAAUAAAAA